GUUUGGGUUUGACAGCUCAGAGCCUCAGACUUAUAUUUCCAAUAUGGAUUGUGCUUUUGAAAUCUCAUGUCCUGUAAUUGAUUGCAAUGCACAAAGAAGAAUGAAGCAACAAAUGCUUUCUCACUACAGAGUGGUACACAGAGGGGAUGCAGAUUUCAAGGCCCCUUGCUUUGAGUGCGAGAAAGAAUUUCGGACCGAAAUUGCUCUAAGAAAACACCUUAGCCGUCAUCAUGUUUUAUUCUUCAACAAUGAAGCUGCAGCAGUGAUUCCAGCUCUGGAAGUACCAAGACCACAAAGUGUUAACAGCGACCUGCAUCAGCCAAUUCUCUCAUCGAAGAUUUGUAUCCUCCAAACAAUCAGCAUGACUCUGCCCUUUACCUUCUGAACCUCUCACAUGAGAGAAAAUUUAACCAAGUGGACUUGAACACUGUGAUGGAAGCAACAAAAGAAUUUGUCAACAAGGAAGUUCUAGCUGUACUCUCUCGAGCAAUAGCCAGCUUAGAAGAUUCUGGGUGCACACACUGAGCGUGUUGCUCCACUUACAGAGCUGUACAAAUCUAUUUUUGCACCGGAUCCUUUUCAGGGACUCAAAACCCAAUACAGACAGUAUCAAUACUACACAAAAUAUUUUGGUAUGAUUAGUCCCAUCAAAAUACUUCUCCCUCAACUAACCCAGGAUUACGGUCGUGUGCAAACUAGAAAACCUCAAAACUUUAAAAAGCAAGAAUAUGUAGUUGUCCCCUUCUUUUCCCAGUUGAAAGUUCCCCUACUAGCACACAAAGUCCUAUGGAUGUUUAUUGGGCGUUCCGCCAUCCACUUUAGGUUUAUCAAUUUUUUGACAACGCAGAAACAUCAAAUAAACGUAAAUGGCAACGUGAAAUUGAUGUCACCAUUUGAAACCAAUAUAAAAUAUUAAUUUGA